CAACUGAUGCUGGCCCUGAUGUGGGAAAUGUAACUAUGUGCUUUGACCAGCCCCCUGUUAAAGGGCUGUUUUCUUCAUUUCCACGUCUGAGUGGGCCUUCUGGAGUGAGAGCAGGAUCUCAUCAAGACACAUCAGACAUGUCACACAAAGAUAAGCCUAUCUGAUAGUUCCUACCUGUGUAGGAAACAGAGGGGGGGGAAAAAAAUCCAACACCAAGCUCAUUCAAGGUAGUCAAAAGUCUAGUCUAAGAAUUUGUGCUAUUGCAUUUAUAGUAGUUAUUGCAUUUAUGCAAUAUUUAUUUAUUUAUGCUAUUCCAUGAAAACUAGAGGGGCACAUACAAUCAUGUUGCUCAGGAAGGGAAAACUUUAUAUAUUUAAAUAAGUAAGUUCCUGGUUGCAAUUACAAACAUACCAGAUAUUCAAAGUCUGUAAAAUGUCAAGCAAAGUACUACAUUUGAUUCCCCUUCAUCUCUAUCACUUUUCCUCCAUUCCAAGGCAGUAUCACGAUUCCUUAAACUCUCUUCAUAGAGACAGACUGUAGUCUAAUCAGGAUUCAAUCAGCAGCUGCACAGAUCUCCACUAACAGCAGGUUAAUAAAGCAGUUAAACAUCACACUUUCUUUUUUAAUUGCAGAAAAUCAGUAAAUAAAAACACUCCAGUGCAGCAGUAAUUUUUAUUCUAGAGUGCUGGCAAGACUUCUGGGCCAGUGAUCUCAUUACUUGCAGAUGGAAACACUCACACACCCUUGUAUUUGAUCCAGUCUUAGCUGAGUACUAGUUCAACAAAUGAAGCAGACAUGCAGGGUUUUAUGAGUGCAGAGAACUGCAUAAUUCAGUACCGCAUGCACAGUCUCUCUUUUGUUCUAAUUUUCUCCCCAUUCUUUACUGAGUUUCUUGACUGCAUUUGUUCUCUUUAGCAAUAUACAAAGACAUACAUCAUGAGGACAAGAAACAUCAGGAGUAGGAUCAAUCUGAGACUGUUCUAGGUUCCAGUAUGCUGCCAGUAGGAAGAAAUUAAGCUUAAGCAACAUCAUGGGGAUUCAGGGCCUACUCCAGUUUAUCAAGGAGGCUGCUGAGCCUACCCACGUGAAGAAAUACAAAGGGCAGACGGUAGCUGUGGACGCCUACUGUUGGCUGCACAAAGGCGCUUAUGCUUGUGCUGAAAAGCUGGCCCGAGGGGAGCCAACAGAUGUUUACGUAGUUUUCUGUAUGAAACUUGUUGAUAUGCUCCUCUCAUCUGGAAUUAAACCAAUUUUGGUAUUUGAUGGAUGCACCCUACCUUCUAAGAAGGAAGUGGAAAAGGCCCGGCGAGAGAAGCGUCAAGCCAGCCUUCUAAAGGGGAAACAAUUGCUGCAGGAAGGGAGACUUUCAGAAGCUAGGGAAUGUUUUGGACGCAGUGUAAAUGUUACCCAUGUUAUGGCUCAUGAAGUUAUUAAAGCUGCGCGAGCCCGGGGAGUCGACUGUAUCGUUGCUCCUUAUGAAGCUGAUGCUCAGCUGGCUUAUCUUAAUAAGAUUGGCAUGGUUCAAGCUAUAAUUACAGAAGACUCUGAUCUUUUAGCUUUUGGAUGUAAAAAGGUGUUUCUGAAAAUUGACAAGUUUGGAAAUGGACUAGAAAUCGAUCAAGCUCGACUAGGAAACUGCAAGCAGCUUGGAAAUGUAUUUACAGAAGAGAAGUUCCGCUACAUGUGUAUUCUUUCUGGUUGCGACUACCUCUCAUCCAUUCAUGGAAUCGGGUUAGCUAAAGCGUGCAAGUUACUAAAAUUAGCCAACAAUCCAGAUAUUAUAAAGGUUAUUAAGAAAAUGGGGCAGUACUUGAAGAUGAAUAUAACGGUAUCAGAAGAAUACAUACAGGGUUUUACACGAGCCAAUAAUACAUUCCUUUAUCAAUUAGUUUUUGAUCCUGUCCACAGAAAAUUAGUUCCUCUGAAUGCAUAUGGGGAUGAUAUUGAUCCAGAAACACUAAUUUAUGCAGGACGACAUUUUGGUGAUGGUACUGCUUUUCAAAUUGCCAUUGGCAACGUUGAUAUCGAUACAAUGGAACAAAUUGAUAAUUAUAACCCUGACACUGCACAGCCUAUGCAGCAGAGAAGUUGUGGCUGGAAUGACAGACCUGCUAAUCAUGUAAAUAGCAUUUGGAGCAGAGACUAUAAGCUUGGCCCUAAUGCAGAUACUGUUCCUCAGAAAAUGAGUCUACUAGAGAAAUCAACAACCAAAGGCAUGGAGAAGAUCAUUAGUGUUAAAGGGCUAAAACUUUCAGGAAAAGAGCUCUUGUCAAAAAGGCCAAGGAAUGUGAUGCUUAAAUUGUCUUUAGAUGUAGAAGAAAUCUCCGAUGGAGAUCUGUUGAACCAGUAUUCAUUUUCAAAAGCAAAAAAAUUCAGGAAGGAGGAUGAUCAUGGUGGUCAAGCACAAAAGAGUAUCUCAGCAAUACAAAGCCGUGAUUCUUCAGGGAAUUCUGUCACUCAAGAAAGCUCUAACUCCCUACCCAGAGUUAGAAAUAGAUUUGCUUCCUUUCUACAAAGGAAAAACAAAGAGAAGGAUUCUGUAAUUGUUCCAGGAACAAAAAGCAGGUUUUUCUGCAAUGAUGCAAUUAUGUUUGGUGAUAGAGUAAAGGAGGAUGACAGUGAUGUAACUCGAGAUGCUGAGCAGGAUUGCCAGAAACAGGAAGUAAAACAUGUAGCAGGGGAUGUUUCUCAGUUUUCAGAAACUGAAAAAUCAAGGACUAUCUUUACACCUCCUGGAGAAAAGCAGAAAAACUGCUUCCAGUGGUUUAGCAGCCUUGCAAAUAAUUCAGGAAAUCCUGGUCCAUCUCAUACUGUGUUUUCACAGCAGUUUCACCAACAGAGAAGCAACUGUAUGGUAUCCCAGGAAAAUGAGAUUAAUGGGGUACAAACAGUGAGUGGGGCAGUGUGUGGUGAAUUGGAGGAAGAAUCUUCCCUCUUAACACAACUGGAACGGUCAUCACAGACUCAAAGGUCUAGUGAGUCAUUGGAAAGCAGUCCGGAGUCUUCAGAAAUGCUGCAAGUGUCUAACAACGGUUCAGAUGCAGAAGAAUCUGACUCCAGUUCAAAACUGGCUGAUGAUCAGUGUACUCGGUCUCCAGUAUUUUCUGCUCUUCAAACUGACAAAAAGAAUACAAUCAUAAAGACCAAGGUUCCUGGUUUACAUAAGUCCAGUUGUAUAGGGUCACGCAUUGUAACAAAGCUCAAGCCAUUGAUACCAGCUAAAGCAAGUGGAUUAAGCAAGAAACUGUCACCUGUGCAGAAGAGAAAUCACUGUGAUGCUGAAAAUAAGCUGGGACUGCAAGCCACCAUUAGUGAACUCCGGAAAAACUUCCAGUUUAAAAGAGAGUAUGAAAAACUUCCUUCUUGUAAGAAGUCUGAUCCAUUGUCUCCAAUCAAAGAGAAUAUACAGCUCACUCCAGAAACAGAAGAAGAAAUCUUUAAUCAUCUGGAAAAACGUAGUCAUGUUCAGAGAGCCAUAUUCCAAUGAACUGCAGGCUGUGUGCAACAGGAUGUGUUUUUAAUCAUUGUUAAAAUUUAUCUUCUGCAUAUUAUAUCAAUGUAGAAAAGAUGCUUUGAAAACCAACAAUAUAUUUUAGUCUGACUAGUGAUUUGUCUUUUUUUUUUUUUAUAAAAGCAUGAAUUGAAAGGUACAAUUCUUUACUGACUGGAAUAAAAUCCUUCAGAUGCCUGUGUUCCCUCAUUCAAAGUCCCAUGCUAAACUUUUGUCCAAAACUUUUUCAGCCGCCUAAGACACAUAUGCAGUUCAA